GUGACGAGAGAAGCUGAAGGUUGCUUCGAUUUCUCUGCUGCCAGAUUAACAUAUAUUAUCGAACAUUCUACAAAGCUUAAACGAAAAGCGAAUCGAGUGAAAUUUGUGACGCUUAAAAGAGCGAUCGUUCUAUUGGACGACAAAUAUACCUAAUUUCGAAGGUUUAUAAAAAUGGGGAAAGAUUAUUACAAGAUAUUAGGGAUAGCAAAAGGUGCCAGUGACGAUGAAAUAAAAAAAGCUUAUAGAAAAUUAGCUUUGAAAUAUCAUCCAGAUAAGAACAGAAGUGCCGGUGCCGAAGAGAAAUUUAAAGAAAUAGCUGAGGCAUAUGAAGUACUUUCAGAUACAAAAAAGAGAGAAGUUUAUGAUAGGUACGGGGAAGAAGGUUUGAAGGGUGGAGCAUCUGCUGAUGGAGGUAGUGGCAGUGCAUCGUACACUUUCCAUGGAGAUCCGCGUGCUACUUUUGCGCAAUUCUUUGGCUCUGCAACGCCCUUCCAAACGUUCUUCGAAUUUGGAGGACCUACUGUCACGCGCGCCUACGAUCUUCAUGACGAAGACAUGGACAUGGAAGAUCCAUUUGGUUUUGGAUUUGGACUUGCUCGUCAAGCAGGUGGACAAGGAAGUGCUUUUCGAUCUCAUUCAUUCAAUUUUGCUGAACCUACGACAGUUAAAGGAGGUAGUAAAGAUCGUGUUCAAGAUCCAGCUAUAGAACAUGAUCUCUAUAUAAGUUUGGAAGAAAUAUUACGUGGAUGUACUAAAAAGAUGAAGAUUUGCAGAAGAGUCGUUCAAGCCGAUGGGACUACGAAAAAGGAGGAUAAAGUCCUUACGAUUAACGUGAAACCAGGUUGGAAGGCUGGUACAAAGAUUACUUUUCAAAAAGAAGGAGACCAAGGUCGUGGAAAGGUUCCAGCUGAUAUUGUUUUUAUCAUUAGAGAUAAACCCCAUCCAAUCUUCAGGAGAGAAGGCAGUGACAUCAGAUAUACAUGUAAAAUAAGCUUGAAACAAGCUUUAUGCGGUACCAUCAUAGAAGUUCCUACGCUCAUAGGAGAGAAAAUCAGUAUAAACUUAACAAGAGAGAUUGUCAAGCCUAGUAUCGUAAAGAGGAUUCAAGGACAUGGUUUGCCAUUCCCAAAAGAGCCAUUAAAGAAAGGUGAUCUUUUGGUUUCAUUCGAUAUUAAAUUCCCAGACACACUAUCGCAAAGUGCUAGGGACAUUUUGUAUGAUACUCUACCAAACUGAAUGUCCGCAAUGGGGAAAAAAUCAAGAGGAUAUGCAUUAUUUUAAGAGCCAAUCCUCCGAUUGUCCUGACCGAUGAAGUUAUAGAUGCAUGUACGUUCUAGUACAUAAUAAAGUGAAGUCAAUGAACGGCGUCUUCAAGGUGAAACAAAUCUAAUUUCACCUUAUGAAUAGUAAAAUGUGAUUUCUUACAGGAUUCGGUCACAAAAAAUGUCUUACUUGAAAUUUUGUUAAGCUUUUAUAGCUGUUUGGUUUAGGUCAAGAGUUAAAGGUCUGUUAUCUAUUGUAAAAUGAAACAUUAUCUGUCUUUGCAUAUGGUAAGAAUCCUAAGUAUUGAUUAAGAUCGAAUAUGUUAAGUUAUACAAUUAUAAAAUGAGACUCGUUAAGAUAAAAAUAUUUUGUGCGGUUGCUGGUCUGAAUUAUUUGUUUGUACGUUUUAUGAAUGAGUAAUUUGCGUGCUAUAUGAGUGAAAGGUGUAUGCUGCGUACGUGAUUGCGUUGAAGUGCACUUCGCGUUGAUGGUGCGUGUUAUUGGCAAUUCUGCACAAGUAUGUCAAAAACAAGCCACCGAUCAUUGUGUUCAAACGCAAAUAAGAAAUUCUUCUAUAUAUAUAUAUAUAUAUAUAUAUAUAUAUAUAUAUAUAUAUAUAUGUGUGUGUGUGUGUACCCAUUCAGCUUCAAUUAUAAUAUACUAGAUGUAUAAUAUGUUAAAAAUAGAAUAAGGUAGAUAUUCACAGUAUCAGCCUGUAAUAAAAUAUCCAUUGUAAUCUCAUUAUUCUCUAGUACAUAUAUGAUAAGUGGAAUCUUUUGUCAUACUUAAGCAGAAUUGCUCAUAAAACGUACCAACCUUUCUAAUGGCGAAUCAGUUUUCUUAUGCUAUACAUCUCCUUAAGUUUAAUGAUUGACUAAUUAUUUGUACACUAAAAUAAUAUGAACAAUCUAAAUUAUAGAAUACGCGUAUAUUUUUUUUGUUUUUGUUUUUUUUUCUCUCGUUUAUAAAUCCUCUUACCAUCAUUGGUUUCUUCGCAUUGUGGUGGGUAUUAUAAUAACAUAGGUCUAAAAAUAAACCACACAAUGAGUGAUGUCACCGAUCGAGCUUUCGAGAGACAGUUAUGGGACAUGUGUAUACAAAUCUAAUAGAAGUUCAUAUGUAGUGCUCGAUCUGAAAUACAUAUUGUUUUGUAUUUAUUUCACAAUUGCAGAUUAAUACAUGUGUUGUUCUAUA